CCGAGAGAUACCACACAGACACACCCACUUCAUCCGACGCCACGAUGAUUCAGAGAUUUUGAUAUUCAAGAAUUUAUAUAUUUCUCCUCUUUUCUUCUUAUCGUUUGGGUCAAACUUGGAGUCAUGGUGAAAGCAAUGGCGUCUUUUGCUGAACCGGUUUUAUCGACUUCUCUCAGUACAUGCCCUUGCCGUAUAUACACUAGAAAACCCCUAAUUGUUCCCCUUUUCUCGGAAUAUUCGAGUCUACGUCUUGUCAGUGAUACAAAACCAUUGUUCCGCUCAGGACUUGGUCGGGUUUCUGUUAAACGGUGUUUCCUCACAUCAGUUGCUCGAGCUGAAUCAGACCAGCUUGGUGAUGAUGACAACUCCAAGGGCAUUGAUAGAAUCCAUAGCUUGCAAAAUGUGGAAGAUAAGCAGAAGAACGCAAGCCAGCUUAAGAAAAGAGUAAUCUUUGGUCUUGGCAUUGGAUUAGCAGUUGGAUGUGUUGUGUUAGCUGGAGGAUGGGUUUUCACAGUAGCCUUAGCAGCUUCUGUUUUCAUCGGUUCCCGCGAAUAUUUUGAGCUAGUUAGAAGUAGAGGCAUAGCCAAAGGAAUGACACCUCCUCCACGAUAUGUAUCUCGGGUUUGCUCAGUUAUAUGUGCACUUAUGCCCAUACUUACUCUGUACUUUGGGAACAUUGAUAUAUGGGUGACAUCGGCAGCAUUUGUUGUUGCAAUUGCAUUGUUAGUACAGAGAGGAUCCCCACGUUUUGCUCAGCUAAGUAGUACAAUGUUUGGUCUAUUUUACUGUGGUUAUCUCCCAUGUUUCUGGGUUAAGCUUCGCUGUGGUUUAGCUGCUCCUGCGCUCAACUCUGGUAUCGGAAGGACAUGGCCAAUUCUUCUUGGUGGUCAAGCUCAUUGGACAGUUGGACUUGUGGCAACAUUGAUUUCUUUUAGCGGUGUAAUUGCAUCAGACACAUUUGCUUUUCUUGGUGGCAAGGCUUUUGGUAGGACACCUCUUACUAGUAUCAGUCCCAAGAAGACAUGGGAAGGGGCUUUUGUAGGACUUGUUGGUUGUAUAGCUAUUACCAUUUUACUCUCUAAAUAUCUCAGUUGGCCUCAAUCUCUCUUCAGCUCAAUAGCGUUUGGGUUCCUUAACUUCUUUGGAUCAGUCUUUGGUGAUCUUACUGAAUCAAUGAUCAAGCGUGAUGCGGGCGUCAAAGACUCUGGUUCACUCAUCCCAGGACAUGGUGGAAUAUUAGAUAGAGUUGAUAGUUACAUUUUCACCGGUGCAUUAGCUUACUCAUUCAUCAAAACAUCCUUAAGACUUUACGGAGUGUGAUUGAUCAUAGCAUCAGGAAACCUACAAGCAUUUCCACUGUAAAAUGCGACCAAUGUAGCUGCAAAACAAAUGGUGCAGUGUUCAGUGUUGUUUGCCUUGGAGAGAUGAUCCAGAGGACUUGUAGGAGGUGAAAGCAGAGCCUGGGGGUGUCUUUACGUCUGAUAGCACCCGGUAGAUUGCUGCUUGGUUCGAUGGAAUCAUGGAACCGGUUUGCGUUUGCUUCAUGUUUGAUAGUUGACCAAAAGAGCCCGUUUAGGGGGUUUCAUAAUUUAGUAGUCAUACAAAAGAUUUAGAUAAAUCGUGUAAGCUUAUUAAGGAAGUCUGUAUUAUUAUGAAAGAAAUGUAUAAAGUUUGACUUUAUUAAACUACCAUAAACAUGAUUAAUGCCGAAUUGCAAUUA